AGUAUAUUUUGUCAUGUUGUCAUAUUUACAGUGUAUCCAUAAAUGUUAAAUUCACUUUCAGAGUCCUCUACUUUCCAGUUUAAAUUUUAGACAAAUUCAAAAGUCUGGAACAAGCCAAUGUGAUGUAUGAUUGUGACUGAUAUCUCCAUCAAUAUUUAGUAUGUAAUUUAAACACAAUAACAGGAUAUUAAUAUUUUGUUUAAAGAAAAGUAUGGUCAGCCAAUUGUAAUUUCUAUGUUACAAAUUGAAUCGUUUUCAAAUGAGAUUUGCUCUCUGUUCUUGAUUCACUGUGAUCUGAAUAAAGAAAACCUCAGAAAUGCAAUUUUGAGCUUAUUUUUCUUCAUUUGUGUCCUCCGUCAUGACAAAAAAAAUACUACAAGAAUAACAUAAAAAAAAAACAGAAUUUUCAUUGGGGUGAGUCUUUAAACAUGUUUAAUGAGACAGAAAUCACCUGCUGUGUGAGCAGGUAAUUCGUCUGAAAUCCCGUUGCCCCUCGCAGCCAAUCAAAACCAACACUGCCGUUUUGGUGCAUUGUGGGACUUGUAGUGUCCUUGCAUCCCACCGCUCGUUAGCGGCUCUGUAACCACAGCUGGAACAGACUACAGAGGCUCGUGUCCCGGGCAGAGGCGGCUGGCGUUGACAGUUGGUUGGUCCCUCGAAGAAGCGCAGCGGCUCCAACAUCGCCCCGCAGUUUUGUUUUGUUUUAUUUUAUUUCUUUGCGUGUUUGUGGAAAAGUUGACGUCUGCAAGUAUGCAGUCCGAAUCCGGAAUAGUUCCAGACUUUGAGGUCGGCGAGGACCUUCAGGACGAGCCUAAAACCUACUACGAGCUGAAGAGUCAACCCUUGAAAAACAGCCCAGACCAACACAGCUCCUCCAAGCCCCCGCUGAGCUCCUCCGCCAUGACAUCACGCAUCCUGCUACGACAGCAGCUGAUGAGGGAGCAGCUUCAGGAACAGGAGCGGCGGGAGCAGCAGCGGCAGCAGUCCUCUCACUUCCCACAGACCACCGCCACCCAGACCCCCGCCAUCAAUGUCAGCGUGCCGACCGGUUCGUCGCCUUCCGCGCAGGUCCCCAUGGAGGUGCUCAAGGUCCAGACUCACUUAGAGAACCCGACCAAGUACCACAUCCAGCGCUCGCAGCAGCAACAAGUGAGACGAUACCUGGGGAAGCUUGGCUCCCAGGCGCUGAGCUUGCCCUGCCCCAACCAGUCCUCUGACCACGGGGGCAUGCCGCCAGGGCCAGGCAACAGCGCCCCCAACAGCCCUAUGGCCUUACUGACCCUCAACUCCAACUGCGAGAAAGAGAUGGAUGAUGUCAUUGACGACAUUAUUAGUCUGGAGUCCAGUUACAGCGAUGAGAUCCUCGGCCUGAUGGACCCGGGACUUCAGAUGCCAAACACGAUCCCUGUGCCUGCAAACCUCAUGGACAUGUACGGUAACCAGGGCAUGCCCCAGCAAGGCCUGCCCAUAAGCAACUCCUGCCCUCCAAACCUACCCAACAUCAAAAGGGAAUACUCAGUGUCACAGUCUCCAGCCAUAAUGCAUAUGUUGGAUAAAUCUGGAUCUUGUGGCAAAUUUGACACCUAUCAAAGACCAGAGGGCUUCCCUGUUGAAGCUGAGGUAAGAGCGCUGGCAAAGGAAAGACAGAAGAAGGACAACCAUAACUUGAUUGAAAGAAGACGAAGGUUCAACAUCAACGAUCGAAUCAAAGAACUAGGAACGCUGAUUCCAAAAUCCAAUGACCCAGACAUGCGCUGGAACAAAGGCACCAUCCUGAAGGCGUCAGUAGAUUACAUCCGCAAGCUGCAACGGGAACAACAGAGAGCCAAAGAGCUGGAGAAUCGCCAGAAGAAACUGGAGCACGCCAACCGACAUCUGAUGCUGAGAAUACAGGAAUUAGAAAUGCAGGCGCGAGCUCAUGGUCUGCCCAUCACAUCUUCAGCACUCUGCUCUGUAGAACUUGGAGUGAGAUCCAUCAAGCAGGAGCCCGCUCUGGAGGACUGCCACCAAGACAUGUACACACUCCACCCCCAUCACCAACACCACCCGGCCUGCACCCCAGAGCAGCAGGGCACGCUGGAGCUCAACGAAGGCCACUCCAACUUCCCCGAAGGCCACUACAACGUCCACAGCAAAGCAGGCUCCAAACUCAACGACAUCCUCAUGGAAGACACCUUAUCCCCCGUCAGAGGGGGGGACCCUCUGCUCUCGUCCGUCUCUCCGGACGCCUCAAAGGACAGCAGUCGCAAAAGCAGCGUCAGCAUGGAUGAAAACGAGCCGGGCUGUUAGCACCCCCUGGUGGGAGACACCUAGACCUGCAUCUUCAGCGCCUCCAUUAUCCUGCAGGUUUGGCAGCAAAAACACUCCCAGCUGUCCGAGAGGCCUCCUUCUUUUCAUUGUUUUUCUAUUCUCCCCGCCUGAGUUUACAAGUGUUGCCUCUUUUUUCACUUUAGUUUUUUGUUUUUUUUUUACAUUUUCAAGCCCUCAACCUUGAUUUCAAGGACUAUUUUUCAAAGUCUUUGCUUUAAUCAAUGCUUGAUGACAAUGAAUGACAAAAACAUAGAAAUGUGUGUACAUAAAUAUAUAUAUAUUUAAAAAAAUAUGCAUUUAUCUUUACAUAGAGUCUAGAAGAUCCUUUUUCUAUUGAUUCCAAAGAAUCUAGGGAAUUUAUAAAUCAUUGUCAGAAGUGUGGAUGUUUUGUGGUGAGAUGAGCACUGCUUUUUUAAUCACUAGCAAUAAUAGGAAGAUAAAUAUUUAUUACUAUAGUGCUUUAAACUGUCUGUGUCUUAGACUAAACUUGAAUGAGCCAAAGCCUGAGAAAGAUGUGUAUAAAUUGCUGUUGUUUGGCUAUGCACACGUUUUGGCUGUUCACAGAGUCUCUCUUCCAGCUAAGAUUUCUUUCUCUUGACAAAUAUUAAUCACAUGUAAAUUUGAUCUGAUGUAUGUAUCUUUCUACACAAGGUAUUAUGCAAGUAUUUCCCUUAAUCAUAAAAAAAGACAAUCAGAAGGGCCUGAUAUAUUAAUUAUAACAUAACAUGUGCUUCAAUGUUUUCCCUAAAGUAGUUAAAAAGCACAAACCUUUUUACUAAUAUUGAUUUAUUCUAUUUUGUUCAAUCAUGACAACAAAGUGAUGGAUAUCCUGAAUGUCCUAAACAUUCCUUGCUUUUAAGCUCCUAAAAAUACAAAUAAUCAUUUAAUCCUAAGAAUGUGAUCUAAGAAUAGUAAAUCUACAAUUAAUCACUUUAUUGAUUGGAACUUUUUUGGAACAAACAGUAAACUGUAGUAGCUUCCAGUUUUUAUAACUCCCCAAUAUUUUUCUAAAUUAUUAUUUUUAUACCUUUUUAGUCAUAUUUCAUAUUCAGGAUGUUUUUUUUUUUUUUUUUACUUCCAUUAUGUGAAAUUUCUAAUGCCAAGGAGUAUAAGGAGACUGUUUUUGGAUUUAUGGUCAAAUACAGAUUUCUGUCCAAACACUGGAAUGACUUUUGGAAACAAAAAUGUGGGUCGUUUGUCUUCUUCUGAAAUCAAAACUCAUUUGUUAAAAUGGACUCGAGACAUAAAGUCUAUCAGAAGAUCUCAGACUCUUUCAGGCUUCCAGCAGAUGUGUAUCUCUCUAGCUAGUUACACAGUCGUAGCAUGUACACUGAUAAUUACACUGAUAUAGCCUCUUUUCUGUCAAACUAUGCAAAGCUUCAAGUUGUAUUUGUGCUGCAGUUUUACAAAAAUGUGAUCUCUUGUUAUUUAAGAUGCCGUCAGAGUAAUUACAUUUUCAUUUAAGUGCCUUAUGGUUGUUUUGGCUACUCUGGUCAAAUGUAAGGAGUGAUGCUGUAUUUUGUUAAUGUAUGGCAGUGUUUAGUGUUGCAUAGAGGAACUGCAAAGGUGCCAAAGGACUCAACCCUCUGUCAGCAUGUGAUAAGAAUAGAAAUGUCCCAAACCACAAAAAAAGGAUUUCUUAUGAAACCCCAAAAGUGAUGAAGAAUAAAUAUUUUUAGUGACAGGAAGGUUUUAUUUAUAAAAGGCAACUGCAAAAAAAGAAGGAUAACAGCCAAAGAUUAGCCUGCUAGCCUUGCUAGCAGAAAAGAGUUGGAAUUGUGGCAAAAACAACUUACUCUUCAAUUACCACUUAAAAAAUAAAUGUUAACCCCAUGAAGAACAUUGUUUUCAAAAACAAAGUGGCCUUGCGGAAAAAUGCAGUUUUAUGGAAGUCUAAAUCUGCGCUUAUUUAUUGUGAUUCUCCUUUUUUAACAUUAAUGUCAAGAUAACAAGGCUUGUUUACACAUAGUAACAUGUUUUUAAAGAUAACUGCACAUGAUAACAUCAUUUUUAAAUUAAAAUAAAAAUUGUUUGAGACUGAGUACUUUUUUCUGUUUCAGCAUCAAAUAAUAUUUGGCAUGCCUUUUCAAAUUUUCCAAAAAAUACUGUUUAUUUUAUAUUUAACUUUGAUUUGGAAGCCGUAACCAUCUAAAAAAUUCAGAUCCCUUUUAGAAAUGAAAUAAAUAAAGUCACCUAGAAAGCAAUCACAAAAGCAAUCACUUUAUCUUGAGAGGAUGAGAUCAAUUGUGGCCUUUCCUGGCUUCCAUACAGUGCUAUAUAAGCUAAAUAAGCUCUUAGUGAUUUAUUUUUUUUUUACAAGUGACUAUUGUGGUUACAAUGUAUUUAUCACCUCAGGAAUUGUCAUCUCCAACUCUAUCUGAAGCACAACCAUCUGUCUCAAAUACUAAAAAAAUGACCCAGCAAAUAAGAAAAGCUAAUGCUAUUCAUGCUAACAUUAGCUACAAAAAUGUACAAAUUUACCAAGUUUUUCUUGUGUAUUUUCUCAUUAAAUUAACAUUUCAAACACAUAAAGCUAAUGUCAGAAACAAUGACUUAGACAACGUUUUCCUUAGUCAGACUUGAUUUAGUUCUUUAAAAAAGGAACAUUUUUUACAUCAGAGAAACCAAAUUAUUGUGUUAUAAAUUAGAUGUAAUACAACCAAUUUCUUCCAGAAAUUGAAUAUAAAUUGGACAAAAUUUGGUCAAUUUUAGAGUUUUAAAGAUUUACUCCUAGACGGCACAUGGUAGAAUAUUGUCCUUUGUUCACUUUAGCGCAUUAGCCAUUCCAAUCAUUAUGCUAGCUUUAGCAUUUAGCUAACAACGUCUUUGUACAAACACACAUUGACUUUUUUUUUUCAAAAGAUCCACUGUAAAUACUGACUCAUGGUCACAUUUCUUUUUCUAUGAAAUAAUAAUUAAAUAUUUUGGUCUUUUAAAUCUGUAUUUGGUAUAGCUGAAGCCCUCUUUGUGGUGCAUCGGUUUCUGAAUCCGUCUGAAGCUAGCAUGAAUGUAGCUCAUUCACCACUGCCGAAAUAAUGUGUGCCAAGAUUAUGAACAGUAUAUAUUUGUAAAGAUUUGACUGCAGUUUGGACAGUGGCUUUGAGUGAAACAGACAUGAAAUAAGUUAAUUCUUUCAACUAAAAAUAGCCUUUCUUGAGCUUUCACUUAUACCUCCUGUAGUUUGGCAAUAUAAUGACAGUUUCCAGGAGAUGCAGCUGAAAACCCAUGAAAUAAUCAGGUCAGUGGACCUGUAUAGAUACUGUACAUGCCAGUUCCUUUGUAUAAUUUCAGGAACCCAGCCUUAACAGAAAAGUCCACUUACACUCAUCUGAGUAACUGUGAAUUGUUUCUGCUCUAUUGGAGUCGUAGAGUGAACACAGGAUGGCAGCAUUUAUGUUGAAGCCCUCGCUUGUUUUUAUUUUUCACUCCACACUAUUUGAAACCACUAAUGCAGAAUGGCUGUUUUUAUUCUUUCCUGUCGGUUUCCAUUCCUGAGGUUCACAAUGUUCACAUAGCUCCUGUUCUACUGUUACAGUUUUUAAGAGACGAAUGUAGUGCUAGUUACUGUACCCACUGUUUUUCAGGUAGAUCAAACUCAUUGAUACCUAAUGUUGAAACUAUCUCGUGAGACAUAUUAAAAAAAAUCAUG